AUGGAGUUGAAACCGUUGUCAUUACCUCUCCGGCCCGAAACAGCUGGUCUUCGUCACCAGGUGGAGAGUUCAACACGGAUUGACCCCACAUCAGCGAUCCCGACUUGGCACAGUCCCGACCAGAAAGAACUAAGAUUACCAAAUAUCUCGAAAGCCGCUUCUUCGUCGAGAAUACCAUGUUUCUUUUCUUCUUCGACAACACUCCAGGAUGGCGAGAUAACGAAAUCGAUUGAAAUUGUCGAGGAGGAAGAGUUCGAGCCAUCGCCAGGACCACGCAUUCAACCUCCGGCUGUGAGAGCUCGACCACCAGGACCGAUUCAUAAACAGCUUUUAAACAUCGAAAGCUCUCAUGAAUCAAGCCAAAUCGCCGAUACCUUCCAGUACGAAACCCUUCCUGAUAUACCAUUAUGGAAUAAAUCGCCAAAGGAAUAUGUUCCCGAGAGAACUCCUCUUUUCAUAGGUUUUACUCGAAACUGGCCCUUACUACAACAAUGCAUCCUAUCAUACAUUACCGCGGGAUGGCCUGCAGAUGAUACUUAUGUUGUGGAUAACACUGGUACCAUGAAAUCUAACUUCAUCCCUAAGCCAAAUAUCACUCUUCAAACCCCUUCAUAUCUGAACGUUGAUCGGGUCACGAAUGUAUUUGGAGUCAAGGUAAUUUUCACCCCAAAUCUCCUCACUUUUGCUCAGCUUCAGAACUUUUACAUCUACACCGCACUUGAAAAUGACUGGGAAAAUUAUUUCUGGAGUCACAUGGACGUGGUUGUAUUCUCAGAGGAAGACCUCACCCAUGCACCGCUAAAUCAGCAACGAAAUCCCGCGACGUCCCACAAGUCGCUCUUCGUAAAGAUGGGAGGGUGUUACUCGUCAGAUUGCGAUAUGUACCAGAGACUUGGGAUGGCGGGUAUCAUAAUGGAUACCGCUGAGGCUGGCUGGGUUAUGGAUGUAGGGAGAACGAUUGAUCUGAAUCCGCUAUUUCGUCGAAAAUACAGCAUAGAUAUGCCGCCUACAACUGCAGCUGAAAUGAAUAAGUUGGCAGAGGACAAUAUGGGAGGAGAAAGCUUCAAAAGACUGAUAAAUUUAGUGCAAAAAGAGGCAGAAUUGAAAAAUAAUGAUCAAAGAGAGCGAAAUAGUUGGCAACAGAGGCAGUCGGGUGGUCAUGGAGAAUUAUUCUAUCGAGACCCGAGAGGCUUUGAACAAGCGCUGGAAAUAUUGAUUAGGAGUGGGGAUGAGAUAUAUUUGGAGAAAUGGGGGCACAUAGGCUUCGAUCUUAGAGAAUCGGGAUUAAAACUAGAUGAUGCUUGGAUGGUCGAACACGAUUGGGAGUAG